AGAGCAUCCGCCCUGGGGGCAGGUCGGGGCGAGCCCUGAGGGGAGCCCGGGCGGGCUCAGGAGCGGCGGCUCAGCCCCGGCCGCAGCGCUGAGGGGAGGGCGGCCGCCACAGCGCCGAGCUGAGUGCCGGGAUGCCGUCGAAGGGACGGUGCUGAGAGCAGUGAAGUGAGGAGAUGAGGAGAGCCCACGAGUGGCCUGUGGCGUGAGGCGCCAUCCCCUUGGCUGAGAUAACCAGCGGACCGGCGGUCUCGGAGGAGCCCUGAGGUGAGCUCACCCGCUGGGUGCCGGGUGCGCAGGGAGCCGUGCGGGGAAGGAGCACACAGCCCUACCAAGCCGGGCGGAUCGUCCCCCGGCCUCCCUGUAUGUGAGAGACGGGGCCGGCGCCUCGGACGGAGCCGGGCCGCGGGAGGAGCGGAGGCUUCGGGGAGCGCUUCCUGCCCACCGCCGUGCGCGGCAGCCCCAGCAUGGAAGCCAUCGCCAAGUACGACUUCAAAGCCACCGCGGAUGACGAGCUGAGCUUCAAACGGGGGGACAUCCUUAAGGUUUUGAAUGAAGAAUGCGAUCAGAACUGGUACAAGGCAGAACUCAAUGGAAAAGAUGGCUUCAUUCCCAAGAACUACAUAGAAAUGAAACCACAUCCGUGGUUUUUUGGAAAGAUUCCCCGAGCGAAGGCUGAAGAGAUGUUGGGCAAACAGAGACACGAUGGUGCCUUCCUCAUCAGGGAGAGUGAGAGUGCUCCUGGGGACUUCUCCCUCUCAGUCAAGUUUGGAAAUGAUGUGCAGCACUUCAAGGUGCUUAGAGAUGGGGCUGGCAAGUAUUUCCUCUGGGUGGUGAAGUUCAAUUCUUUGAACGAGCUGGUAGAUUAUCACAGAUCCACAUCUGUCUCCAGGAACCAGCAAAUAUUUCUCCGGGACAUUGAGCAGGUGCCACAGCAACCCACAUACGUUCAGGCCCUGUUUGAUUUUGAUCCCCAGGAGGAAGGAGAGCUGGGCUUCCGUCGUGGAGACUUUAUCCAAGUCCUUGACAAUUCUGACCCCAACUGGUGGAAGGGAGCCUGCCACGGACAGACGGGCAUGUUUCCACGCAACUACGUGACCCCAGUGAACCGGAACAUCUAGAGAUAAAUAUUAGAGAUUAUUUAAAGAAAACAAGAGAACCAGUAAAUACACAUACAGAGCCUAACUGCAGCCAGUGACCUAAAAUCACACGGCGAUAAAACCUGAGUCACCUUUCACCGUGAGGUGAUCCUCCUUCACUCAGUACGGAACUUCAGGGGCUGGGGGGGGAAGAGUUCAACUUAACACACCAAAAGUUAUCUUUAAAAAGAGAAAAACAAAAAAAAGAGAGAGAAAAAGAGAGAGAAAACAAUGAAAAUAACAAAUUUCCUCAGCUGCUCCUGGGUUACCCCCUUUCAUCCACUCUUCUUGUUUCCCCCCCUCCCUCUGUCCAUCAGUGCAUGAAGUUUUAAUGCCAUAUAAAGUCCUAGCCAUGCAGUUAAAGGAAAAGGGAGAAACUCUGCUGGUAUUUUCUCUCUCUGCAAACGGUCUUCAUUUGACAUGAAGGGACAUGAGAGAAGAACCAAAUCCACAGUCCUGCCUUUAAAACAAAACAAAAAUCAUCAGUCUCUGCUUUUGCCUUCAACAUUCAGCUCUUCUUGCCUGGGAAAGAUGAGGUGUUAAUCUUAAGUUUUAUUGUCUCUCCUCCUUUGGCACUUUCUUCUGAAGCUCAGCAGCUUCCAAGCAGGGGAAGGGAGAAGAGUUGUGUGGCUUUUUUGUUCUUUUUCUUUUCUUUGGAGUCACAGAGCUGCUUUGAGAAACUCCAACGUACAACUGAGAUCUGUUCAUGCUGUGCUGACAGCUUUUUUUGUUGUGUUCUUUUCUUAAAGGUGUACGGUUGAGCACAUUCUGUACUUUUUUCCAUAGUGCCUUUCCCUUCUUUUCUUUUUUUAUUCUCUUUUUUUUUCUUUUAAGUUAAAAGGACAGUCCAGAACUUUUUUUUUUCCCUGCCUAUGUGUAAAUAAAUACUUUUGGGGGAAGGGUGUAAAGGAGGGUGGUUUUAUCAAUGGACAUUUGAGAGAAAUCUACAAACAAGAGAUGGAGCUUUAAUCUUAAGAUUUGUCUUAACUGUUGAACUUCCCUUAUGCCAAGGAAAGUAAAAUCAAGGCAUUCAAGUGGCAACUUCUGCUGCUCAGAGGUGGGGAGCUGCAACCAGGAGCCUCAAAAGAAGUAACAGAAAGGGGGGAAGUUAUGACCAGGGAAGAUGAGGAAGAAUAUUUUGGGGAGGGGAGGGUUAAGGGGAGGGGAAUUUGAGGAAUAAUCGCCCUGAGAUGUCCUACAAAAUGUACAUUCCUUUGAUGGAAAACUUUAUAAUGCAGAGAAACCUCAAGAAAUAGUGCUUGAAGACAAAAACCUUUAUGCUCUUAGUGAAUGUCUCUACGUGAUGCAUGUAAUCAGCCUGUCUCUUUGGCCUGGAUAGGGAAUAUUUGCAGUCGUGUUGCUCUUGAAACGUGGGGUUGGCAUCACUGUUCUCCAGUUUCUCCUCCCUCCUCAGGUCAGUGUUCCUGUUGAAGCAGAUCCCCCCGCCCCGCUCCCCAUUCACAGCAGGCUGUGUGAUGACUGUAAUCCCCACCCCGCACCAGAAUGGCAUUUUCUGUGGCCUCCACCAGAGCAGUGUGACAUUAAAUUGGACGGGAAGGAAAGCAACGGAGCCUCACUGCUCUCUGUGCCAAUCUUCACUUGCAUUACUUUUCCUUUUGAUGGCCGUUUGGCUGGAUCCCUUCACCCCACCAACGAAUCCAAACCCUGCAGCGGAGAUCUCCUCCCGCCCUGCCUGAGCACAGGCAAUCUUUAGUUGGAGGGUGCCUUUUUUUGUACUAAGUGUUACAAAUGUUUUCUUCCUGACAUGGACUCUGCCUUACACUUUUAAUUUUCCAGCAGAUGAAAGAGAGAGCUAUCCUGUAGAGUUAUUACUUUCUCCCCCUCUCCUUGCUAGCUGUCACUCACUUUCUUCCUUCUUUGUAAAGUGAUUGGAAGAGGAAUCUAUGGCAUUCUACACCUGGACCAUUUGAUUGUUUCCUUAUUUUGGAAUUGGUGUAUAUCAUGCAGCCUUGCAGACAUGUGUCUUGUGUGUGUAUAUAUAUUAAAAAAAAAAAUCAGUGUUUAAAUAAAAAAAAAAAAAGGCCUAUGUACUUAAUCCUUUAACUCUGCAGCAGCAUUUGGUAGAUAGUAAUUAACUGUGAAUAAUAAAUAUACAUUGAAUUCUUCA